CUGGUCGGAAUCCUUGUAACUCGUACUGUCGCUGCCACACAGGAAUCGGGUUCACCGUUGCUUCUUAUCGACAAAAGAAUACGCGUUCUAUCAUCGGGCGUUUUAAGUUGACUUAUCUGCCUUUAGAAGACUAGUGCCUGACAGUGCUAACAUUUAUAUAAUCGUGACCUUGAAAUUUCCAUAAAACCACAUAUAACCACAAUGAUAGCCUGUCGUAUUGCUGGUGUUGUGCUUUUGGGAUGCGCGUUCCUUCAAGGAUUAACGGCACGCAGCGCUAACCUCCGCACCGUCAACGUCGAUACUCACUUUUCCACAUGGCAAAGAGCAACGCCGAUCCCUUACUGCCUGGAUGCGACCUUCUUGGGACCGGAGACGACCGCGUUCAACACGGCCCUCGCCAACAUUACCGCUACUAUCGGCAGCUGCAUGACCUGGACGGCCGUGCCGUGCGCUUCCACAACAUUUAAGAUCCGUUUUCUGCCGUUAACCGAUGGCAGUACCCCCUCCUACGCUUAUCCGGGCAAGAAUCUGGCUCUGGCCAAUUACACACAGUCGGGAGUCUAUGAGCAGAUUGUCGGACUGCAGCGCUCCGAUAGUACGCUGUGUUCCACGGAUUAUCGUUGCAUCAUGAAAUGGAUGGCGGUUACCAUGAGCAAGCGUAUGGAACACGAACGCGGGGAUCGCAACACGUACAUUGGCGUACUAACAAACAAUUUGCGCGUUGUGGCAGCGUACAACUUGUACGCAACGACGGAUGCCUACUGGAGCUUGUACCCGUAUGACUACUGCAGUAUCACGCAUAAUCAAGACACCGACUACGCCCAACCCGGCACCAAAGCCUUCAACAUCCUCCAGGCACCCUACUGUAUUCCCAGGAUGCCGACGAUCAGCAAAUUCGAUUGCUACUACAUUACCCGCAACUACCAAUGCCCGACAGCCGUCUGUGACCUUCUUCCCGACUGUGCGACUCAGACCUGCCAGGCGACGACAACCACCCCCGCCACAACCCCAACCACACCUACAACACCCACCACCCCCACCACGCCUACAACGCCCAUAACCACGCCCAUCAGCACCACCACUGGUUCCACAACCACUUCCACGUCCACCACGACGACGACCACCACCCCAACAACGACUACCACCACCACGACCACGCCCACCACGACAACAACCACGACCACUACCACCACCACCGCGCCUGUAUGCAUCGACUUUUGCCUGGACACGACCAACAUCGAUGAAGCGUCUAAAAUAUAUAAUGGAAACUACUACAUGUUUUCCGGCAACUGCAUGGUACAAAUCGAUACGAGCAACAAACUAAUUGGCCGUUCGGUGCAAAUCAACACACUCCUUCCCGGUGUCACCGGACCGGUGAAGUCGGUGUGGACAGAUAAGUACGGUACCACGUUCGUCAUUACUGGCACGGCACAAUACCAAUGCCUCGGCAACCCCGUCAACUGCAUCACCCUCCCGAUUGUAGACACGGCCUUUCCUCGUACGAAUUUCAUUGGGACCACCUUCAGUUUGACUUCCGCCGCCCCGAGCUCUAACUACCAGAACGAUGGAUCCGGUGCCGUGGUCCCCAUCUCCCUUGGCGUUAAUUGUCAGUACACCGGCGUGUGUGGGGUGGAUUCAACGACAUGGAGUGCCAUGUACACGCUUGAUAUAACAUCCACAUUUGGCAUAAUGUACGUCAUCGGUAAGAGCCCGGCCACGCCAGGCCCGGUGCAGCGGGCCAUGAUGACCUUAAUGCAGUCGGAUAUAAUAGCUCCGACUACCGCCGGCCCCGGGACCAACAAUAAUUUGGCGACGGUCGGUAAUGAUGGUACCCCGCUUAGUAGCGUCCUGGGUUGUCCCAAUGCGGGAGCAGGAUAAACUGCAAUUAAGACGUCAUCACAACCAACAGGCUGUAGUUUGUCGCUGCGUUGGAAUGGAGAACAUAAGUUUUUUUGGGCUGUUUGGCUUUUAGCCGGCUUGAUGUACUUUUUAAUUACUUGAUUAUGUUUGCAAGAGUGCUUUCUGCACGGACAUGUAGCUUUCCUAUGAAAUGCUGGAAUGGAAUGAACAAUGUAAUACUAGUAAACUUGCCCACAUUA